CUUGCUUCCGGCAAUUUGCUUGCAGCGGCGUGGUGGUGUGCUUUUGGUACCUUCCUGCUGCGUCUACCGCGCGAAACAUCCUGCCGUGUGGGCGGAGGUUGAACGUCGGCGUGGUUCUUGAGCGGGGGAAAGGCUGUCGUUGGUGUGUUGUAUGAGCGGGGGAGCCCCACACCUGUGAACCAGCGUAUGGCGACACCGCAGCAGCAGUGGCCAGUCGACGUAGGGCGAUGGGCGCCGGAGGAAGAGCGAGGGCUGGGGAUGACGAGGACUGCUUGGUGGUGGCAGGCGGGUCCGGUAGCCAGCUGCUGCGGGUGCUUCACGAUAAGAACAGGCAUUUACCUCCUCUCGCUUUGGAACAUGUUUUGGGGCAUGGUCUACAUCAACUUCGAGAAUUGGACUAUCCCCGUCAUCAUCCAGCACCUCCGAAGACUGCGAUCGGCGUACACCAAGGACUGCAUGGGGGUGAUCGUGACCCAGGAGCACGACUGCGACGCUUAUCUUAGCGCCAUGGAUCAGGGAGAGAGGACGCUCGACUUCUCGCAGUCGAUGGUGCCCGCCUAUCACGCCAUCGGCGCGCUGUACAUGCUGCUGUCGCUGGCGGGCUGGAGGGCCGGGUACACGAACAACACCACGCUCGCCAAGCUCUUCAUGCUGGGCUUCCCCGUCACGUUCUCGAUCGACCUGUGCCACUCCUUCCUUUCGCCGAACGACGAGGGUCCGCUGAACACGUUGCUCGCCGCCCUGUUCUCCGCCUAUUUCUUCAAGGUGGCAUGGUCGUUCUACAGGAGGCUGAGGAUAUCGGAGGAGGCACAGCGGAUAGUGGCAGAGGGGGGGUUGGAAGGGGGGCGCCGGGGAGUGCUCGACGGCAGAAGCUCUGCCGCCGCUGGCACCGGCGACCCCACCGGCGUGCAGCUCAGCACCAUGAUCGCCUAGGAGAAGGAAUUGCUUGUCGCCGACGGAGGCUUGGUGUUGAUAACUAAAUACAUUCGUUCACCAGGCUUUCCGUUUGAUGAUGAUGAUGCCUCGAUGUGCCUUCACUAUAGGCUUUCUUUUUGAUGAUGAUGAUGACUCGAUGUGCCUUCACCAGGCUUCCGUUGUUGUUUUUGAUGAUGAUGACCCAAUGUACCUUCAACAGGCUUUCUUUUUGAUGAUGAUGAUGAUGAUGAUGGUGAUGAUGACUCGAUCUGCCAUCACCCAGGCUUUCUCAUCGCUGUUCUUUCUGUAUUUCUUGCGAAGACUAGAAACAUCUUGGCCAGGGCUUUUCAUGUUGAGGCUUCCUUUUCAUCCUUGGGUGCUGUUUGAUUUGUUUCAUAAUUGAACACCUUCGCUACCAGACGCGUUUGGAGAUUUUCCAUGGGGUGGUCGUUGUGUGGACCUGAACCCUGGUAUCUACAACGGGGUUUGAGUUGUCUUUAUUGUUGUGUGCUUUCGAGCGAAAGACCCCGCCCCGCCGUUUUUUGUCGUUCGUAUUUGUCUCGCCUAGACUACCCCUGUUGUUACGCGCGCGCCAUGUCGAUGCCUCGUUUCCCCUUUCGAAUGUUGGUGGCCACGCAUGUUACUGUUUCCUGUGUUCGAAUACUUUGGAAGGAGCAAGCGAAAGCGAGAAGAGAGCUCGUAGUUCUUGUGCGUGGGGUGGUACGUGUUGUUCAAAAGUUGGUGAUCUUGUUCUGCAGCUACAGCAGCACGCCUGCGGGGAGCGUAUGCUAAUUAGAGCACUUGUUUACACGUUAUAAUACAGAUGUUGCUGACAACCCCCAAAAGUAUCAAAGCAUGCCCCCCCUUCCACCGUCGUCGCGUGGUCGGCCUCUUCUUUCACACGAUUCAUUUUGUGCAGACCAUGUGGAAGAAGGUUGUUCUUGGUGUUAGUUUGGAGCUUCGGUUUAGGGGACGUACAUGAACAGACGCCGAUUUCGACCUC